AUGACAGCUUCCAGCCAGAUUAAUGCACAGCCGAACCCUCCUCCAGAUACACGUAAAGUCGAAAAAUGGUCCGAAAUGGUUGAGCAGGUACAACGUACCUUUGACAGUAUGCUUGAGUGGGAUCUUGAAGAGUACUGGAUUGUUCAUAUGCUGCGAGGGCUACAAAUGUACAGAAACCAAUACCAGACAUGUAUUGAGCGGUUUAGCGAAGAAGGAGGUCUUAAUGAGGCUGGACGUCUGGAGGCUGUUGCAAUCAGAAAUAAUCCAAUGGAGACACCAGCUCGACGUCGAGCUGCUAUAAGGUCACUUGAUCGCUCGAAAUUUCUUGUGAAGCAUUGCAUUGAGGCUGAAGCGCGCAUGAGAAAACAAGUUCUCCUCAUGAUCUAUGCGGAGCGGAAACUCGAAAUGCGGAAGAGUCUGGAAAACUACUAG